AUGUCGACAUUAGCUGGACGAGGCCGUGGUAGGGGCAGAGGUAUAUUGUCACUGGGUAAAGUAACCCAACCUCAAGUUGGUAAAGUUGGCGGCUGGCAAGAAAUUGAGCCUAAUAACUGUUUGUCACCUCCACUUGGGGAUAAAGAUAUUGCGAUAAAUCCAUCGUCGUCGCCUUCUUCAUUAUCAAGCCCCGGAGAGAAUAAUAAAGAUAAAGAUGUCUUACAGCCAGCAGAAAAUACUGAUAAGUGCAGUGAUGGCAUCAACCUUGAAAAAGUUAGUCAAAAGAUUGAGAUGUUAUCAUUUGAUGCACAAGACAGAGACCUGGACGUGAUUGAGAAACUAACGAGGGAAUGUGCCAAGGAUGAAAAGAACAUCCAACAAGUGAUCAAGGUGAUUUAUAACAAGAGUCUGGUGGACAUCGACUUUGCACGGACAGGCGCCUUAAUUUGUGAUCGGCUCUCUAAGAUUGAUGGGGAUGGUGUGAAAUAUCGAAGUAACUUAUUGAAACUUUUGCAAGCAGAUUUUGCAGAUCUGCAGCAGUAUUUGGUAUCAAUGGCGAAUAAUGAUCAUGAGCAAAAUUCCAAAGAAGCCUUAAGGACUUCCUCUCAUGAAAAGUUCAAUGGGCUGAUUGUGUUCCUGUGCCAGAUCUAUGUAACUAUGCGGACAAUAAGUGGAGAACAUUUCAAAGUUUUGGUGGAUCCUAUUUUUCAGUGUUUAGAAAUGCUAAUUAAUUCUGAUACUAGUGAUGAAUUAGAUAUUCUAAAUAGUUUGCUUCAAUCUAUUGGCAAAGAACUGCAAAUGACAGAACCAGACAAAAUGCAAGAAUUACUGGAUAAGAUUAGAUUGAGGAUUAUCCAGGGUUCCAGUCCUCAAGUACGUUGUUCUUUGUUGGAAAUUCUAGAGAUCCAAGCCCAUAACUGGGAGACUCUUCCUUCUGACAUUACCAGAUUCUACUGUGAUACUUCAGCUGACAUUCUGGCUGGCAUGGUGGUCUGA